AUGGAUUUAUCUCAAAUCAACACAACUGCUAUAGAUGCUACAUACAUUUUGAAUAUUGAAAGUCAAUCACGCAUUGGCAGACAAUCAUCAAAUAAAACCAAACAAAAUUUGAAAUGUAAUAAUAUUGUAGUAUUAUUGACUAAUAAUCUUAAAGAAGAUCUGAAAUUCUCAGUGCAUGGAUAUUUACUCGGUGAAGAUAGUCACUUUGAUGAUGUUUAUCAAAAUUAUUUGGAUGGUCGAAAAAAAAUUGAGCUUUAUAGUAACUCUUCAGAAAUACUAAGAUUUAUUUUCUCUAACUCGGGCAUUAAAAAAACUGGCUAA